UUGUGAUUGGUUCAUCUCAAAACUUGUUAGAACUUGUAUAUUAACCUUAAUUUGUAUUGUGGUAAGGAAAAUUUUGCCCAAGGUAUGUUUUCCCUACGAUUGCUUUGUUUUUCCGAACAAACGAAUCCACGAUUACUAAUUCGAAUGGCUCUCAUAAAUAUUAAAAUUUGCACUUAGUGGACUAUUAAACGACUUGAAAUAUGUUAAAUUAAAUGUGCCAUUAGAUUAUUUCUUGAGAAUAAGAUAUUGAAAUUAUACGUCGUCGGAUAGUGAAAUGUGGAAGCCUUUCGAACCAGGAAGUUCGCCGGUGGAUUGGUGCGAAGGAAAUUAUAGCAUAUCACCUAGCAUAGCUGAAUUUAUGAAUACUCUGAGCAAUGCUUUCUUCCUUCUUAUACCACCAGUACUUAUGCACCUUUUUAAAGAUUAUGGUAGGUUUGUUAAUCCUGGAAUCCAUGUGAUAUGGGUUCUUUUGAUGAUUGUUGGUAUUAGCAGUGCAUAUUUUCAUGCAACUUUAUCAUUAGUUGGUCAACUUCUUGAUGAAUUAACAAUUUUGUGGGUUUAUAUGGCUGGAUUUUGCAUGUUUUUUCCUCGAAGGUUCUUUCCUACAAUAGUUAAAAAUAAUCGUAAACGAUUAUCGCUUUUUCUAAUUUUGCCAACAUUGAUUGCCACUGUAUUAGCAACUUAUCAUCCAGCAAUUAAUGCAUUUGCAUUGAUGACUCUUGGAAUACCAGCUUUUGCAUUUAUGAUUCUUGAACUUAAAAGGACAAAUUCAGCAAGAGUCUAUCGGUUGGGACUUCGCUGCGGAGCUGUAUGGGUUGUAGCGGUCACAUGUUGGUUAAACGAUCGACUAUUCUGUGAUACAUGGCUUAAUUUAAAUUUUCCCUAUCUUCAUGCUUUGUGGCAUCUUUUUAUUUUUAUCGCAAGUUAUACAGCUGCUGUAUUGUUUGCUUAUUUUUCCGUUAAGGAAGAAAGACCUCAACAAUCGCCGAUGCUAAAAUAUUGGCCAAGAGAUGAUUUUGAACUUGGCAUUCCUUACGUUACAAUUAAGUGUUAUAUUAAAGUUGAUAGUAACACAAAUAUAUAAAACUUUAUAUUAAAAUUUGAUUGAUAUAUCAGUGGAAGCUCAGAAUAUAAAUGUUCUAAAUAAACUAUUUAUAAUGGAUUGCCUGA